AUGAAUUUAAAUGUUUAUGAAGGCACAAAGGCAGUUAGAAAGGUUAAAAGUUUAGAAGAUGAAUCAUCACAAGGCACAAAUUUAGGUGUACUUCCAUUUGGUGUUUCAGUUUUAUUAUCAAAGAAUCAUGUCGAAUUUGUUGUAACACUCGAAGCUAAAAAAUCUACAAAUGAACCAGUGUGGCUAGGAUUCUAUUUUUCAAGUUCAUUUUUAAAAUUUCAAAAAAUAUUUAAAAAAUCAAGUGGCUCAUUAAUAGAUAUUGGAUAUGAAAAUAUUUCUUCAAUUAUUCAUGUAGGGUUUAUUUUAUUUUUUAUUUUUUUAUUUUUUUUCAAAUUAAUUUGCACCACCACACCACCACCACCACCACCACUAUUAUUAACAAUAUUAUUCAUGUAUAUAUAUCCAUAUACUUGUCCAUUAUAUAUAACAGGUACAAAUGAUACAAGAGCAUACUGGACAAUAUUUACAAAUAAUCAAGUUGUUGGUCAUAUUCCAUUACAUAGAUCAGAUUCGUUUCAUUCCCUUCAAUCAUAUCCAGUUUUAUAUUUAGAGAAUGAUAUUCAAAUUGUUUUAGGUACUGAUUUAGAUAGAAAUCAAUUAUUCCCUUCUUAUUCAAAAGUUGAUACAUUAUAUAGUAGUACUUUACAUAAUAUAAAUUCGACUUUCUCUCAAAAUAAAUGGUCUGCAACUGUUAUACCAUUAAUUAAAGAGAGCUCUUCCUCCUCCUCUUCCUCCUCAACGACUACUACUACUACUAGUACUAGUACUACUACUUCUAAUACAAAUGAGACAGUAUCAGCUUCAAAUGAUUCCACUAUUUCACCAUCAGUAUCAAAUGAUUCAAUUUCAUCAGCAACAUCGACAUCAAAGUUUGAUUUAUAUGCAAAGCAAUUAUUAUCAAAGAAUCAAUUUGAUUUAGAAAAGUUAUCUAGAUGGUUCAUUAAAAAGUUUAAUUCAACAUCACCAUUGACAUUUGCAUAUGGUGUUUCAAUGUAUAGAAAAUCAAAUUCAAAGACAAUGGAUCUUUUAACUUUGAAAACACUUCAAACUGGUAAAACCUAUAUCGUCAAUUUAUUACACACUUUUAGAUUAAUUCCAAGUUUAGAUUAUUUUAAAGAUUCUGAUGUUCAAAAGAAUUUCGAAAAUGAUAAUCUUCCACAAUAUACUCAAAAGUUUUUAGAUUUAGAAAAAGAUUGUCAAACAAUUAAAGUUUUAUUCCCAACAUCAUCAAUUUCAAUUUAUAAUCCAUUUUUUGAUAAAUAUAUAAAGAAGACAUAUAAAUUCUAUCAACCUUUGACAUUAGAGUCAUCUUUUUUUUCUUCAAAUCAAAGUUUAACUGGUUCAUCAGGUUCUAUUAAUAAUACAAGUGUAAUUCAAAAACAACAACAACAGCAACAACAACAACAACAACAACAUACAACUAUUGUUGACCCAAUAUCAGUUACAUCUACAUCAUCUUUACCAUCACCUUCAAGUGGUGGUAGUUCAACAUCAUCAGCACCUUUUGUAUCUAUAUCGACAACCGAAUCACAAUCAAAUGAAAAUAUUUUAGAUAAACUUAAAAGUUUGGAUAAAAAGAGAUCGCAUAAUAAUAAUAAUAAUAAUAAUAAUAAUAAUAAUAAUAAUAAUAAUAAUAAUAAUAAUAAUAAUAAUAAUAAUAAUAAUAAUAAUAAUAAUAAUAUAUAUCAAACAAACAGUGCCAGUAAUAUUAAUAAUAAUAAUAAUAAUAAUAAUAAUAAUAAUAAUCAACAAACUGAAAAUGAAAAUUCUAUUGAUACUGAUAAAUUAGCAUCAAUCGUUGCAAAGUUAAUAAAAGAAAAAGGCUAUAUAUAA